AUUCUCCCUGUUUGUUUCCUUGAGAAAGUUUUUUCCCAGCUAUGGACCGCCGAAUCUGCAAGAUCUGCAGCAGAAGCUUCGCCAAUGGCAAAGCCAUGGGCGGUCACAUGAGAUCUCACCUCGCCAAACUCCCCAUCACUCCAAAACCCAAUCCAAACCCGCUUCCCCUACCCAAUUAUCCGACCUCUUCUCAAAACUCUCCGCCGGAGAAAUCUGAUCUUGCUGACAAGGAGAGCGAUACUGACUUGCCUAGGGAUAGUAAUCAGACUCGAAGGAGAUCCAAACGGCAUCCUAACUGCGCGGUGGAUAAGGUGCAGUUGCAGGUGCAGUUGUCGGUUCAUCCGGAGGCAGAAUCGGUAAGUUCUAUUACCGAAGCUUUUCCUGAUGAGGAAGUUGCUAUGUGUCUCUUAAUGCUCAAAACUGACAAAUGGACAAAAGGCAAAAAUAAAGAAGUUAAAAGAGCACGAGAGGAGGUGAAUGAGGAAGAAGAUGAUGGCGAGUUGUUCUGCAUCACACAUGCUCGUUCCGGCAAGACUCACAACAAAUACAAGUGUGGAACAUGCAAGAAGAAGUUCCGAUCUUAUCAAGCCCUAGGCGGCCACAAAGCAAGCCACAAGAACAUCAAAAGCUGCAAUCUAGAUGAAGAUGGGUUUGCAAAUGGUGAUGUGAUUCUGAGAAACUUUGAAUGUCCAUUUUGUGACAAAGUUUUUGAAUCUGGUCAAGCACUUGGUGGGCAUAAGAAAGUUCAUUUUUCUUACUUGACUGUUGCUAAGAAAUCACCAGAGAAAUCAAGGAAUCAGCGUCAGCAAAACUUUUUGGAUCUCAACAUGGUUCCUGAUGAGGAUGAAGUUAGCCAGGUUGAGUGCUCAACAGUUUAAAAUGCAGAAUCAUUGCAUGGCAGAGGUAAUUAAUUUUAAAAGAAAAGUUAUUCUUUAACUUUUCCCAUCAGCACAGAAGUUUUUAGUUGAAUAUUUGCACAGGUUAUGAGUGCUCUCUCAGUUAAGCGCUUGCUGGUGAGAUAAGAGUACUCCUUGAAAAUUGAACAACUUGAAUAUUUUUGUAUAUACAUUCUGUGCUUUUCGAACCUCAUCUUUGAUAGUUUGAUACACAUGUUUAAUUAUUUGAAGUUUGAAGGAUUAUAUGUAUUUUGUCAUAAAUUAUUGUUUAUUUC